CUCGAGGAAGUACUGGUGGUUUAAGUACUGGGCCACACUGUGGCUUGUGCUGAAGCCGAUCAUCAGCAAGGACAAGUCCACCUUUGGUUACUGAGCACCUUGUUUGCCUCCUGUGAAAAAAAAAAUGCAGAUCCAACUCACACCCAUCAUGGGGGAGUGUAGCGGAGAACCUGAGCUUCGCAUCGUGCCAAAAUUUGAGAGGAAGGACGAUUAUGUUUUGGUGGGUGCUUGUACGAGCGAUCUUCUCAUCAAUCUGCAUCCUGUGGAGCCGUGGGUCAUAUUCGCACCUAACUGGUUUGCGCUUCAAGUAUGGAACUACGACGAUGGAACACAGGUUGCUUUGUGGGAGCUCCCUGUCGCUCAGGGUGCCCUCGAAGCCCAAUUCAUCACACAGAACAACUGGAUUGUGGUGAAGGAAUUUAAUAGCUUGGCUAUAUAUGACAAACAAGGUUCAAAAUUGCAGCGUAUCAAGGCGCUGAUGGGGAAAACUGAUGAGAGCUAUCCGCUCUCAAUGGCUGUCCACCCAACCUUACCUUAUCUAAUGGCUGGUUUUGGCGAUGACAACUUUUUCCUGUGGUACUGGGGCGAGGGAUGGGAGAAGUCCGAGAAGGUAGUACUGAGAGGUCAUUCUGGGUGUGUACGGCAAGUGGUGUUUCAUCCAAUAGAGUCGCACAUCUUUGCAAGUGCUGGAGGUGAGGGCACUAUCAAGGUAUGGAACUUGGAGGACGCGUCUGUUAUCCGAACUCUUGAGGGUGACGAGUCUGACGUCAGAAAAACUGCAAGUGAAAUUGGAUUUGGCAAUGGACUCCAUAAGUCACUCAUGAUCUCAUUACACUGCAACAAGAGAUGCGUGUACGUAUGGGACUAUGAGAGUGGAGCUUGCGUGGCAAAAUGGGACGCCCACGAGGAGAAAUGUGAGUCCGCCUUUUUCCAUCCGCACUUGCCGUAUAUCUUCACCGCAGCGGAAGAUGGAGAAGUGAAAGUCUGGAGUGACUCAAACUAUCAGCAAGUCUCGUCCUACUUUUGUCCAUGGGAAGGCGAGCUUCAGAGAAUGCGGCCAUGCGGAAAGUCUAACAUGCUUGUGCUGGGAGGUGGUGGAGAGUUUCGCGCGGAAAAGGUAGUGACGAGAGGGGAGGAAAAGGAUAAUAAGAAAGAACCGGAGCAAAAGGAGUUUGAAAUUCUCGCUGAAAGGCCAAGAAUUGAGCCCAAAAAUGAAUUUGCUGACAGUGUAGCCAAUUCUUUGAGCUUGAGAAGAAGAUUGAGCACAGGGUGCGUGGCGGACGGAAGUAGAGGGGACCUUCUCGGUUUCCUAUUCGGGGCAAUACGUCCGGGCUGUCGGAGGCGUCUCACCCAGGAGCUUACGGUCCCGAUUGCGCAGCUGGCUGACCAUCUAGAUGUCAGCAUUGUCUCCCAAGUCGACCCGCGCUUGGUGCCCCACGUCACUUCGCGCACGCUGUCGCCGUAUCUUCAGUGGUCAGCUUGCGUGGAGGGCUUCCCAUCGAGAAUUCCGCCUUCACGGUUGGAUUACUUGGAUCCGCGCAACAUCGUGGAUCCCGCUUUCUACAGGCCGCCGUGCGAAGACGAAUUGGAGGAGAUAAUCCGCGAGGAGCUCGCGGAAGAAAGUUCGGAGGAAGAGGAGGAGAAUCCGAACGAAGACGAAGGGGAGCCGGCACAACACCAAGGAGGAGCCGAAGACGAGCUUCUGCAAACGGAGAGCGAAGAGGAAGCAGAAGAAGAAGACAACGAGCAGGGGAGCGGUGAUGACAACGACGAGGAGAAGGCCAACAAGGAUCCCCAGCUAAAAAUUGUGCCGGUUGCUGAUCUUCCGAUCAGCAACGAUCCAACGCUCGACCCGGAGCCACCUCAGCCAGACGACGGCCAUGUGGCCCAGGUGGCUGGGCCAUCCGCUCGCCGGCCUCCUUCCCCACCGCGACUGCUAAUAGGUUUUGAUGCUAUUGAGGAUGACACGGCUUUCAAGAAUGCUCUCGAUUUCAAUGCAGGCUGUUGGGGUGUUGAUCUAUAGCAUAUUCUGCCUCAUGCAGCAUCGGUUGCUCUGUGCCGACCCAAAUAAACGCAAACGGCCAGA